AUGGCUAAAUUUCCCCUCUUCUUACAAGAGAAUUUAGCUUUACAAAAGCCCGCCUGGCAGGAAAAUAAUUGGCAAGAUAAAGAAACAGACUGGGGAGCAGAGAAGGCAGUGGAUGGGCGAUAUACUGACCGCUCAGCAGGAGGAAACCAGUGUACAAUAUCAGCAGGUGGACAAACAGCAGAAUGGGGAGUGGAUCUAGGGAGAGUAGUCAGUAUUAGUUAUAUAAAGAUGUACUACAGGACGGAUAAUAAACCUGGGUCCUUCUUUGAUCGAUUCGCUGGGUAUUUCCUAUACGUUUCCAACAGUACCUUAAAAAACAAUGGAACUUCAAGGCUCUGUUUUCACGACCAUCAGAACGUAAAUGGUACACCAACAGACGACCAGAGAAUCAACUGCUCUGUGUACGGCCGAUAUGUUAUAUAUUACAACGAGAGGAGACCGGAUGUGACGUAUCCUAGUUACUACUCUCCAGACGCAUAUAAUGAAUUAUGCGAAGUGGAAGUUUAUGUGAAUUUGGCUUUGGGGAGACCUGCUUGGCUGCAGCACAAAUGGUCAUUUACACGCAGAAUCUGGGGGGCAGAGAAGGCAGUUGAUGGACAAUAUACAGACCGCUCAGCAGCAGGAAACCAGUGUACAAUAUCAGGCCCCGGAUAUCAGACUGCAGAAUGGAGAGUCGAUCUACAGGACAUUGUCAGCAUAAGUCAUAUCCAAAUCUACUAUAGGACUGAAAACACUCCAGGGCCAAAUAUGAUAGGAAGUGAACCGAGUUCUUUAUGGACCAGCGCGGCUGCCAUGCAUGUGAUGAUGGAAUAUAUGGUUCAAAUUGUAACAAAACCUGUGGACACUGCCUUGACGGAACUUCCUGUCACCAUGGUAACGGUCAUUGUUUACAGGGGUGUUCACCAGGGUAUGAGGGAUCUUCAUGUUACAGUG